CGCCCGGCCCGGCGCCCCCCGCAGCCCCGGGCGCCGUGCGUCCAGCCCGGCCUUCGGCCCCAGCCUCGCGCCGCUCUCCCGGCCCGCGAUCGCGCCAGCAGACCGGGCCGCCCCGCUGCCCGGCUCGCCCUCGUGCGCGCUUCGCCCUGAGCCGGCCUUAGCGCUGUCGGUCCCUACGGGCCGGGCCAUGCCGAGUCGCCGCGCUAGCAGAGCGUCCGCGCCCGAGCUGGGGGCCUUGGGUUCCGCUGACCUUUCCUCGCUGUCCCUGACGGCCUCCAGGACCACAGAUGAACUGGAAAUCAUCGACGAAUACAUUAAGGAGAACGGCUUCGGCCUGGACGGGGCACAGCUGGGCGAGAUGCCUCGCCUGGUGCCCCGUGGGCAGGCCUCACUGAGCAGCGUCACCUUGGGUCCAGCUGCACAGCCGCCUCCUGUCACACCCUCGCCCUGGAGCUGCACCCUGGGCCGGCUGGUGUCACCCGGCCCGGGUCCCAGGCCGCACCUGGUCAUCACAGAGCAGCCAAAGCAGCGCGGGAUGCGCUUCCGCUAUGAGUGCGAGGGCCGCUCUGCCGGCAGCAUCCUUGGGGAGAGCAGCACCGAAGCCAGCAAGACGCUGCCUGCCAUCGAGCUUCGAGACUGCGGCGGGCUGAGGGAGGUGGAGGUCACGGCAUGCCUUGUGUGGAAGGACUGGCCUCACCGGGUACACCCACACAGCCUCGUGGGGAAAGACUGCACGGAUGGCGUCUGCAGGGUGCGGCUGCGGCCUCAUGUCAGCCCCAGGCACAGCUUUAACAACCUGGGCAUCCAGUGUGUUCGGAAGAAGGAAAUCGAAGCUGCCAUCGAGCGGAAGAUCCAGCUCGGAAUCGACCCCUACAAUGCUGGCUCUCUGAAGAACCAUCAGGAGGUGGACAUGAAUGUGGUCAGGAUAUGCUUCCAGGCGUCCUACCGGGACCAGCAAGGGCAGCUGCGCCGCCUGGAACCCGUUCUCUCUGAGCCUGUCUACGAUAAGAAGUCCACCAACACAUCGGAGCUGCGGAUCUGCCGAAUCAACAAGGAGAGCGGGCCAUGCACAGGUGGGGAGGAGCUGUACUUGCUGUGCGACAAGGUGCAGAAAGAGGACAUAUCCGUGGUGUUCAGCACAGCUUCCUGGGAGGGCAGAGCCGACUUCUCUCAAGCUGAUGUGCACCGGCAAAUUGCCAUUGUGUUCAAGACACCGCCCUACGAGGACCUGGAGAUCGCAGAGCCUGUGACUGUCAAUGUCUUCCUGCAGAGGCUCACAGAUGGAGUGUGCAGUGAGCCACUGCCCUUCACGUACCUGCCUCGGGAUCAUGACAGCUAUGGGGUGGACAAGAAGAGGAAGCGAGGGCUGCCCGACGUCCUUGGGGAGCUGAGUAGCUCUGACCCACAUGGGAUUGAAAGCAAACGACGGAAAAAGAAGCCCGUGUUCUUGGACCAUUUCCUGCCCAGCCACAGCUCAGGCCUGUUCCUCCCGCCAUCAGCCCUGCAGCCACCAGACACUGACUUCUUCCCUAAUACCAUAACCCUUCCUGGCUUGGAGCCUCCUGGUGGCCCCGAUCUCCUGGACGAUGGCUUUGCCUAUGACUCCUCUGCGCCUGCGCUCUUCACCAUGUUGGACCUGCUUCCCCCAGCACCACCACUGGCCAGUGCGGUGGUGGCUGCUGGGAGCGCGGGGGGCACAGUUGUGGAGUCUCCCGGCCCAGAGCCACUGACACUGGACUCGUAUGCAGCCCCAGGUCCCGGGGAGGUUGGCACUGCCAGCCUUGUGGGCAGCAACAUGUUCCCCAACCAGUACCGAGAGGCAGCUUUCGGGGGUGGCCUCCUGUCCCCAGGGCCUGAAGCCACGUAGCCUUUGAGGCCAGCGAAGGUACUGGGUGAGGGGUGUGCGGCAGCACCACAGUCCCCGGGGCCAACCUUGAUCAGUCUUCCAGCUUCCUCAUCCUCAAUCCUCAUCCUCAAUCGGACAGCUGCAGUGCUGGCAAGAAGCUGGGGAGAGCUUCAGUUCUCCUGGAGCCCAUUUCACAGAUGAGAAUGCUGAGUCCGAAGAGGAAAAGGGGCUCCUGCAGGUGGGCCCCUUAUCAGGACAGAUUCUGAGAGAUUGUACAUAGGGGAGGAGGGAGUAGAUCCCCGCCCUCGUCCCUGGUCCUGGAGGUGGGGGUAUGUUGUUUGUGCAGUUUUCCCAAUAAAAAUUAGUUUUUUGAGUC